GUGAAACACCAAUUUCCGGCUGGUAUCAUUAAACGACUAUUUUCUACCGAACGGCUCCGCCCGCGUUACUUCUGAACUUGGGGUUUCAAGAGGACGUUUCCUUGGCGCGUCUUCCUUUACUCACAUUAACAGAAUUACAAUCUGCAUUAUUGGAGCCAGUGUCGCGCGGCAAUAAGUCUGGUUGUGAAUUGCAAUCACGAGAAGAACCAUAAUUCAACAUCGCAGCAUGCCCGUACUCGAGAUACACACUAGCCUCAGUGCUGACGUCUUUGCGUCGGAUUUCCAUGUCAAAUUGGUGGAGGUGGCCGCCUCCAUUUUUAACCGCCCGCAAAACGUUAUGGUGGUGGCACUGUCGACCGAUGAGAGGUUGUACGCAGGCGCGGAGGGCUCGGAUCCCGUGUUCCUCCUGCGGGUCUCCAAUGCCGACGCAUUUCAAGAUGUUGACGAAAACCGCAAAAUCAUCAAGGCAUUUUCCGACUUCUUGACUGAAAAGAUGGCUGUCCCUGAAAACAGCAUUCGUAUCAUCCUGGUCAGCUGCCCUUCCACUUGCAUCGGACUUAAAGGAGUCUUGCUGGCCGAUGUCAUCCAAGAACGUCAGAAGGCGAGAGAAACUGAACAAGAGCAAGAAAAAGCCGACAACCCAAACCCGGUCUAGCCACAUUUUAUUACUUUAGAUGGAAAUCACUGAGUGAAGUAUACUUUAUGGGCAGUUAAACAGUCUUUGGUGUUUCUAGGAAACUUUGUAAACCUUUGAAAUAAGGAGAGCUUCAAAUUGGAUCGGCGACGUAGUACACAUGGGAUUUAUGAGGGAUUAGAGUAUAGAAUCACAUGCUGUCAAAAUAUCCAUUAUAGUUUUCUUAGAUCAGUUUUCUCCAAAUGUUGUCUUCAACCAAAACGUUGCUUCUCAACAACUGAAAAUUCUCUUCCUUUGAAUUUUUUUGGGGGGUAAAUCCCCCAUGCUUUUACCUUUAAGAAAUAAUGAAUCAAAAUAAUUCGAUGUCUAUAUCCAUUUAAAUAACACCAAUAUCUAAACGGAAUGUACAUUAAUUAAAUAUUGUAUUGAUCCAAAAUCGUAGGCCUAAUUAUGACAAAAACAAGAUUUAUUGUAAAAAAAAUAUUAAAAAUAUAAUAUGUAAAAGCUGAAGCAAAAGUGCGAAAUGCUUAAAUUAAGUCAUAAAUAAUACCACACCGCUCGCCGUCUGUCAAUUUCGUUUAAAUUACCUUUGUAAAGUAAUUUUGUAGUCUAUAUCAUGUUCCAAAUAUAUUAAGACGUCAAUCAAAAAUGGGGAACCGUCUGAAAACGGCAUCCAAUCGCAUCGCGUUUAACCCAGUCCACGAGACAUGCAGUGCAA